GCUGGAGUAGUAAACAACAGUCGGUAGCUGAGCGGCGAUCGACGGUAGAUCAGUUUGGCUACACAGGGGGGGGGGGGGAGAACACGAAAUGGCGAAGAAAACGGAAGAUUUGGGGGCUUUAUGGAUGUGAUUAACUCCAUCCUCAGCUCUGGUUCAGCACCUUGAGCCAUGUCGUCACGCGUAUUGCUGCGCCAGCAGCUUAUGCGAGAACAGGCCCAGGAACAGGAGAGACGUGAGGCCCAACAGCAGGCCUCUGCAUCCCAGCUCAGGGCCACUGACUCCACUCCAGCUAUCUCUGUCACGCUUCCCCCAAAUGUUGCCCGUCCACCACCAGCACAGGUUCCUGUGGAAGUGCUAAAAGUGCAGUCCCAUCUGGAGAACCCUACUAAGUACCACAUCCAGCAGGCACAGAGACAACAAGUGAAGCAGUACCUCUCCACCACUCUGGGCAACAAGGUAGUUCCUCAGACCCUUGGGGUGUCCCCUGUACCACAGUCCAGUUCUGCCCCUGAGAUGGCCCCUUCAGCCAACAGUGCUCCCAACAGUCCCAUGGCUCUGCUUAACCUGGGAUCCAAUAAAGAGGAAAUUGAUGGUGUGAUCGAUGAUAUUAUUAGUCUCGAAUCAAGUUUUAAUGAUGACAUCAUGACGUUAAUUGACUCAGGUCUUCAGCUGCCUAGCACGCUCCCCGGGAAUCUCUUGGAUGUAUACCAUAGCCCUGGAAUGGCAGCACCUACUCUCACUGUCAGCAACUCUUGUCCUGCUGAUCUUCCAAACAUCAAAAGGGAAAUAACUGAUGCAGAUGCCAAAGCACUAAUGAAGGAGAGGCAGAAGAAAGAUAACCACAAUCUCAUUGAGAGGAGGCGGAGGUUCAACAUAAAUGACCGCAUAAAGGAACUGGGUGCACUGAUACCCAAGUCUAAUGACCCGGAGAUGCGUUGGAACAAAGGUACCAUUCUGAAAGCCUCAGUAGACUACAUCAGGAAGUUACAGAAGGAGCAGCAAAGAACCAAGGAGAUAGAGAUGCGUCAGAAAAAGCUGGAACAUGCCAACCACAGCCUCAUGCUACGCAUCCAGGAGCUAGAGAUGCAGGCCCGGCUCCAUGGCCUCUCCACCACCAUGUCGUCUGACCUGAGCACCAAUCCUUCUCUGCUGCAGCAGCAAACACCUCAGAGUGGCCAGCAUCUCCCUCCCAAUGCAGGGGAAGUCUCCUCCCAAACCCUCCUCAACCUUGGAGCCACAGCCAUGGGACAAUCUGUCCCCGCCUCCUUCCUUUCUCCGCCCACCUCCGACUCCCCUGCAGGUGUCACCAUCAGCAGUCCCCUGGACCUGGGCAGCCUGAGCUUUGCCGAGCUGGACGAGGCCUCUGCCUCGGCUCUCUACCCAGAAGUAGGCCUGGGAGACAUUCUCAUGGAUGAGGGAUGUGCUCUGUCACCAGAGAGGAUGGCAGAACCGCUGUUUUCUCCCCUGUCACCAGGUGCCUCCAAAAGCAGCAGUCGCCGGAGCAGCCUUGAUAUAGAUGAGGACUUGUGACAAGCUCAGACUCGUGGUCACACAGCCAGAGAGGACAAUGCUUCAAGUUGGGAGGAUAGUCAGGGAAACGGCACUCCUAUGUAAAAAUGGCAUGAAUCAGUUUGAAGGACUGUAGAUUUGAACAGAGAAAAUAAGCAACCAGCACAAGGAUCAAAACUAAUAUGAAUAGUACAUCAGCAUAAAAUCAAUUGCGCUCAAGUUUUCUGCCAUAUGUAGGCUUAAUUGCUCUUGUUUGAAGAGACUGAUGAUUAUUAUCUGGGCUUAUUAAUUAUCUUAUUGAAAUGGAAUGGUGUAUAAAGGGUCAGGGACUUAGCAAUAAGAAAUGAAUGGUAAGUUUUCCUUCAGAGUUUUAAGAGAAAUAUAUUUGCCUGAAUAUAUUAUGUACUCAUUUUUAGAUGGCUGUGAGGACUUUUUUUUCAUGGCAAUGAUAUGGCAUGACAAAUUAAGAUGCCAAGACUUUUUUUUUAUUCACUGGAUUCAGGGUUUGUUAGCAGCAGUCACAUGCUCAAAGGUUUUUCUGACAAGCAGUUACCAAAGGGAUGUUUGCAAAGUAAAUUAGCACACGGUGAAAUAUUUACUGCAUAUUUUAUUACGAGUAUAUUUUACUUUGAACAUUUUAUUGCACCUUACUUUAUGGUCUAUGCAUUUUGUAAAAGCUUUUGUCUUUUGCAUUGAAAUUUCAGACAGGCAAGCAGUUGAUACCCAGGUUGCAUGCCUAAUAAAUAAGAACCAGAAAAGGGGAAAAUCUCCUGCUGCUGUAGAGUAAGCCAAAGCAGGAUGUCUUUAUAAUGUAGCCAGAGAUAUACAAGUCUGCAUUUUCAUUGUGUCAAUAGAAAUGUGGAAAAGUAUAAAAAAUGUAAGAUCAUAAAAAAUGAAAGAAAAAAAAUGAGACGAAUUGGACAUUUACCAUUUUCAAAAGUACUGUAGUGCAUCACCUUUUUUUAAAAUUGUUUUGAAACUAGAAUAAUAGAUUAACGAUCUCUCCUGACUAACAUCUGUUUUGUUGGUGAAUAUCUACAAGAUUUUAUCCAUGUUGAUCACUGGGUGAUUCCCCCCCCCCUUUUUUUUUCAGAUAAGCAUGAUCUACCAAGGUAGUUUUUUUUUUAAUUUCUCAAUCUUUGAAGAAAAAAACUGAUAACUAUUUUAAAGCAACCACUAUCCUCACCUCUUUUAAUAGUAAGUUAUAACUGUUUGUUGUGUAAACAUUUUUACAAUACAAUUAUUAUUCAUUAUGACAGCAACAAACUUUAGAAAGGCAUUGAAUUAUGUAAAGUUGGUUCAAUAAAUGUGUGUUUGAAGAAAUACGUGCUCGUUUUCCUAAAAACACAUUAAACCA